GUUGGCGAGAAAAAUAGUGGGACAGAGACCGUCAGUUGCAGUAAAUAUAGUCCAUAAAAUGGCUAACAUACUUGUCGUUAUCGCAUUUGUAGCGACCCUCGCUCUUUCAGUAAUGGGUCAGAAACGCGAGUUUUGCAGUAUUAAAACUUGCAGGCCAAACACACAUACUCUGUGUUUGUAUCCGUUUCUUAAACCCAGUCAACAGUGCGGUACUGUUUACUCAUCGGGCUUAAAUCAGAAAGAAAUUAAUGAACUUAUCAACAUUCAUAACUACUAUAGAAAUUACGUUGCAAGCGGAAGAGAAAGGCGUGGUAAUCCAGGACCUCAGCCAGCUGCUAAAAAUAUGGUACCUCUACGAUGGUCCAAUGAACUGGCGGGAAUAGCUCAAACCUGGGCUGAUCAGUGUAAAUUUGCUCAUGACAGUUGCCGAAACACUGGGAAUACUCAAAUCGGGCAGAAUAUCGUUAUCACGUCAACGACAGGUAAACUGACCUCAUCGCUAAGUGAUUUGGUUUCGAGCUGGUACAAUGAAGUUUCACAAUUCAAUAAGAACGAAGUGAAGAAAUACGUUUUUUCGCGUAACACUGGUCAUUACUCUCAAUUAGUAUGGGCCAAAACAACGCACUUAGGUUGUGGUGCUAUACGCUACAAUCCAGAUGGGAGAUAUAACACAUUGUAUCUCGUUUGCAACUAUGGACCAAGCGGUAAUUGGCAAGGGCAACCUGUCUACGAAACUCGUUAAGGACGAAUGACAAUAUUUUUUUUCUAUUUUCGGAACCUCGGAUUAAUUACAUAUGAAAGUGUGCGGAAAGUAUACCCCAAAAUAAACUUGUAUGGAAUCAGAAAAAAUUGUUGUUCUCAAACUCUUCAAAUCUAUAAACUGAGUGUUAACAGCCGAAAUUCUAUUUGUUACGAAGUAUUACAAAAUUCCUUGAAAAUGUAAAUCAUUAUUCAAAUAAAAAAAAAUCAUAAAAAAUACAAUAUUGAAGGGAGAGGCAGUGGCUCAGUGGGCAGCACAACAGCUCUAUGUUUCAUUUCUUUAUUUUCAAUCAACUCUAUCGGUAAUUAGUCUAUUGGAAUAAUCUCUAUUUAUAAAUAUCUCCUCUGGGAAUAACUGUAUGACUAAUUAAACUGACUUGGGAAAUAA